AUGGGAUCUUUUGAAGAGCUGAAGUACAAAUUUAUGCAUUUAUUACGAGUUUUCGCUGAUAAUCCUGUGGAAACAGCACAAAAUUUCCUUCUCUUCUUCUGUUUUUUAGUCCUUGUAGUUCUGAUUUUCAACUGGAAAGUUCAGAAAGCAAUUGCCAAACAACGAAAAAUCCAGAAGAAACGGGAGAAGGUGCUGAAACUGUUACAAGGAAAUCGAUAUGAGCAGGCCACUCUAGCUACAGAAGCAGAUGCUGAGGACCAUGCAAAGCAGGAGUAG